AUGGACACUCCAGCCACGGAAGCAAUCUUGAAGUCUUUAAACGAGGCUCAACGUCGGGCGGUCACGUCCACGGCUUCCACAGUUGCUAUAUUAGCUGGUCCAGGUAGCGGCAAGACCCAUGCACUGACGUCUCGUGUCGUAUGGCUGAUCCAGCAUGAGCAAUACCAGCCCGCUGACGUUAUUGUCGCGACCUUUACCGUCAAGGCUGCACGGGAAAUGAAGGCCAGAAUUGGCGAAAGGCUAGGCGAAGAGUGUGAGAAGAAAAUAGUCCUCGGGACUUUUCAUUCCAUUGCUCGAAGAUAUUUGGCCGCCUACGGCAAGCGAAUCGGCUUGAACCCCAAAUUCGGAAUUGCCGACGACGGGGACUCCCGCGCUAUCAUCCAGAGAAUAGUCAAAAGACUCGAUUUGCGGGUUGAGCCCGCACACGCCAGAAGCUGGAUCAGCAAGAAGAAGUCCAAAGGCGCGACACUGGUAUCAAGGCACAAUGGGAAGCAGCCACGUGAAAACCCGGCACUCAGUGAGUGCUACGCGGCAUACCAAGACCAUCUCGCCAGGUCGAAUCUCCUCGACUAUGACGAUCUGUUGGUUCGAUGCGUUGAGCUUUUGCAAGACCAUCCGUCAUGCGUGUCCAACGUCCAGGCAGUUCUGAUUGACGAGUACCAGGAUACCAACGGCAUUCAAUAUGAUUUGAUGAGGCUCUUUGCACAGACGCGACAGCGAAUCACUAUAGUUGGAGACCCUGAUCAGAGCAUUUACGGGUGGCGCUCAGCAGAAAUCAAGAACCUCUACCGGCUCUUGAGAGACUAUCCUGAGACAGACGAGAUAUCGUUGGAAGAGAAUUACCGCUCGUCACAGUUGAUUCUCGACAUGUCGUUGCAGGUUAUUCAGCAGGACAAGAAACGAUAUCAAAAAGUUCUUCUACCGGUACAUACUAAGGGUACCAGACCGGUGCUCCGGAGGCUUCAAACUUCCCCCAGAGAAGGGGAGUGGAUCGUUUCCGAAUUGAGAAGAGUUAUUACAAUGUUUGGAGGGGCCUUAAAAAAUGAAGACGUGGCGAUAUUGCUUCGGUCGGCAUCCCUGUCCAGACACAUCGAGUCUUCGCUAGGCAAAGCAGGCAUCUCGUAUCGAAUGAUAGGAGGACACAAAUUUUACGAAAGAAAGGAGAUCAAAAUCCUACUCGAUUAUCUUCGCGUGAUUCACCAGCCAGAUGUGAAUGAUGCGGUCGCAAGAAUCAUCAAUGUGCCCCGACGAGGUAUCGGAGAGACUACAAUAAAGUCUCUCCUGGAAGAGGCAGAGACGUCCAAGAUCAGCCUGUGGGCACUAUUAUGGCGGCACUGCCGAGGGGGCCGGCAAGCAACAACGAGACUUCGUUCAAACAUGGAGCAAAAGCUGAAUACUGAGCUCCUAAAGAUCAUCUCCACUAUGCGGCAAAGAAUGGACGACAUCGAUGAAAGCGGUACCGUGACCCUGGUGGACUUGAUCGAACAAUUGUUGAAUCAGCUUUGCUUCAAAAAGUACCUGGAGGUGGAAUAUCAAGAAGACUGCGAACAACGGUGGGCCAACGUACAAGAGUUCUUGAGCCUGGCGAACGACUUUGCGCGUGACUUCAGCAACGCAGAAGAGGACGAAGCUCUGCCUGAGAUCGAAAAUGUCGACCAAGUCAGGGAUAAUGAUAUUCUAGGCAAGUUUCUGGCCAACGUGGCUCUUGCUUCCGAUGCCCAGUCUGGUAACAAGGAGCAAGACAAAACAUCGCAGGUGACAAUAUCGACUAUUCACGCCGCCAAAGGCUUAGAAUGGCCCGUCGUAUUUGUCCCCUCGGUCUGCAAUGGGUCAAUACCUCAUUCCCGAGCCGAAGAUAUGGAUGAAGAGAGACGAUUACUUUAUGUGGCCAUGACACGAGCAAAAGCCUUAUUGUAUUUGAGCUGUCCGCUGUACACAUCUCAAGGAUUUGGCAACAAAGCCGAGCUCUCGCCAUUCGUCUCAACAUUUGCCGGGUCUUUUGCACAAAAAGGACCGUCGUUCGACAGGUCCGUUGUGGAAGGCGUUGGUAGGAUUCUCGACCGAGUAAUACCAUCUGAAAAGUCAAUUUUUGACAAGAUGCCAAUCAUGUUCUGCCCUGAGGAUGACCGAUUUCCAGUUGAUCCUUUCGACCCCCAGGAUCCUGACAGCCUCGAUCCAUAUGACGACUACUCGCAUGGUAAAGCCCCAAAGAAGCAAAAGACACAGUGUUCUGCAAAUAACGCGGGUACGACAAAGGCAAGGUCAUGGAAACCAGAUUAUUGUACAACAAUGGAGCAGUCCUCUGAGUUUACAAUGUCCUCCCUGCCUGGAUUCGUUAGUGCAGGCGCACAUCGAACGGCUCUUGCAGCAUCUGGCGUCGAAGCAGAGACGUCACGUAAUGUCGCUAGUAAAGCUGGCUCAAAAUGGAGUAUUAAAGGCACCACGAAUCGACGACCGGACCAAAGAAGCUUGCUCGGAUUUGUAGUAUCAGAACCCAAGACGCCCUCGACUGUUGGAGGUGUGAAGCAUGCGCCAACCGAUUUUUCUGUUGCUCGAUACCAGGCAGCCGUAUCACGAGCAGUUUACCAUGAAGCUCGGCCUAGCAUCAGCCUUGACACAGAAGCACAUAUAGACAGAGAAUUUGCCCAACAUAAGAUCGCAGGCGUCAAACCCAUUGCGCGGCCCAAUGUUGCCGAGCCAACGACGAAGGGGCCCUCAGCCAAGCAGUACGCCUGUUUUUCCAGCUCUCCGACACAACAAUUAUCACCUGAGCCGCAACAAGAGGAACACAGAGCUUCUACAAUAAUCUUACAGCGCCCAGCAUCCAUUCUGCACCCGACAACAUUCACAUCUAUGAAGCCGGUUGGCGGCGUAAGGCGGCCUGGAAGUCUCGGUCCCCCGCCAUCAAUGAGUCGUCUCCAAAAACCGUUCAAGCCUCUUACCGUUCGUCGUCCACAGGGUCCAUCGGGUGAUUCGGAACGAAGGCACAAGGCUCACUUUCAAAAAAGCGGUAAUGCUCGGACGAGACCGGGAGUUACAUAA